AUGCUCUUCAAUCCUCUAUCGUGGGUUGGCAUCAAUUCAACCGCCUUAUCGAAUCCACUAUCUGCAACAAACAGGGUCAUUACUCUCCUUCUGCCAGCUCAGGGUAUAGGCUCCCAGGGUUGGGUUUUGAACACGUUCAAAGCCGAGGAACCUGUGAAUUUGACUACCCUUUCGCCUCCAGAUCAUCCAACUCUCCCCUGGUCAGAAUCAGCUCUGCCUCAAUUUCCAACAAGUGGGACAAUCAUUGCGUUCGUCGUGGGAUGUCUUCUUGCCUCUGGAUGGGAACGUUCUCGCAAGAGACUCAUUGAAGUUCGCCACAAGGAUGAAGAGAUCAAUCGGCUUGAAAAAGGCUACCAGGUGUUGGACCAGCUCCUUGCUCUCGACAUCGGUGCCCUCAACACCGGUGCUCUGGAUUCAGCGUUAAACGUCCAUGAUGUGUUUUCUCCAGAACAACAACAGCAGCUUCAAACAGCAGUGGCCACUUUGAAGGCGAUUUCGCUCCAGACACAGGGAUAUAAGUAUCACUCUAGGAACCAAGCUGCCAUUGUUCCGCCGCGAACGGUAGCCUUGGCUGAGAGUGCCGAGUUACUGGGAGGGCUGAGUGUUGGGUUAGAGCGGGUAAGGAGAGUUAAAGAAUUGGAAUCCUUUGGGUCAAGCGGGUUUGUAGAAUCCAGCCUGGGGCUUUCAUCGGACGACCUUUUGCACACGGCUCACGAAUUCCACGGUUCUGUGCAAAUGGGUGCAAAAAACGCCUCAACGGACUCACCGGCAGACAGCAAGAAAAGCACCAAAUUUGUCAGAUUCGGCCCAAUCACCACAUCCAACGGGCCUCAAGUGCCGAAGUCAGCCUCACCUUCGGGCUCCAGGCUUACUAUCCCUGCUGCAGCACAUACCGAGGCCAAACCAGCCUCAGCGCUGACCCUGGGAUCUCCCAAACCGUCGUUUGACAUUUCCUCCGAAGAAGGCAGAAAGGCUCUCCGGGAUUACAUUGAGAGAAAGAAAAAGCCGGAAGGACCAAACUUGUCCACCAUUUCAUCAGAGGCCCCAAAACUCACGUACGCCGAAGUGUGCAGACUCGAUCCAGCCACGAAAAAGAAAUACAGAAGGGUGUUCAUCGCCAACCGAGGCUGGAUCCUGAUGGGCCGGCUUGAAGAAGAAGAAAGGCUCUACGGGCCCGACGCUCUCGUAAAAGCACGCACCGAAUAA